ACAACUGCACAGACUUGCGAAACAUUAAAUGCUGGACUAACUCAGCAGGUCAGGCAGAUUCACUGGAGAAAAGGAAUAGGUGACAUUUCUGGAAGUUCUCGACCCGAAACGUCAUCUAUUCUUUCUCUCUGGAGAUGCUACUUGACCCGCUGAGUUACUCCAGUUUUUGUGUCUAUCUUCUGUUUAAACUAACAUCUGCAGUUCCCUCCUAUGCAUUCUGACAGCUUGCUAGCUGGUUUCUCGACACUAGCCGUGUUGUGCAGCUUUGAGCUCCCCGCCCGUGUCUGGGGUUUGCACACCCUUCGUUAGCUGCCCGCUUCUGUGUGGCCAGCUCACCUCCCUCGUGAGAACAAUCCCUGUGGGCCAACUCAUACUUAUUUAGAUCCAAAGCAUUCUGGGGGUAAUCUUUGUCAUUUGACAGUUACCGCACAUGGUAUGGAUGUCUGCUCCGGUCAGUAAAUGUGGAAUCAAGGACGGCACUGUGGCAUAGCGGUUGAGUUACUGCCUUACAACGCUUGCAGCACCGGAGACCCGGGUUCAAUCCUGAUUAUGGGUGCUGUCAGUAUGAAGUUUGUACGUUCUCUCCGUGACCGCGUGGGUUUUCUCCAAGAUUUUCGGUUUCCACCCACACUCCAAAGAUGUACAGGUUUGUUGGUUAAUUGGCUUGGUAUAAAUUAUCCCUUGUGUGUGUGGGAUAGUGUUAGUGUUGGGGAUCGCUGGUCGAUGCAGACCCGAUGGGCCAAAUGGUCUGUUUCCUUGCUGUAUCUCUAAAUGAAAUUAAACUGCACACAAUCCCCAGGCAGAAAGUGCAGUGAGACUUGCAGCUUUGUGGCUGUGGUUGGGAGGUGUUGGCCAGAGCUGCCACCCAGGGACAAGGCAGCGUUUAAUUUCACACCCGAGAGGUGUCGCGCACGCACACACGCUCACACCCGAGGUGGGAUUUGACCUUCCUGCAGCCCGUAAGUGUUGUUGCUGGAACGACUUGAACCCAAGCACCGGGCUGUCACUGGAGAAAUGUUGAUCAAAGCUUUCCCAUGGCCAGUGGGGGAAUGGGUGAGCAGAGAUGAAAGGCAGAGGAGUGCUGGAAAUGUGGGUGGGAGGAGGGAGCAGCAGGGGAAUAGCAUUUCAGCCCCCAAUGUCAAUGUCGAACAUAAUGCAAAGAUGACUAAUCUUGCUUGACUGCACACGAUCCAUAUCCCACCAUUCCCUGCAUCUCCAUACGACUAUCAAAUACCUCUGUCGUAUCUGCCUCCACCGCGUCUCCUGGCAGAGCGUGUUCCAAGCAUCCACCUGGUUUAAAAAAUCUAUCACCUUUUAUACUUUAUCCCUCUCAUCGUAAGCUGUACCUUCUGGUCUUUGACAUUUCCACCCUGGGGAGAAAGUAGUUGAGGGGAAAAUAGAGGAGAGAUGUGAGAUAAGUGGAGGAGAAGGGGUGGGCUGCUGGGUGGGUUGGGGGCAGAGUGAAUGGGGUGGAGAGUUGGGGGUUGAGAUGGGGUUGCAGGAUGGAGAGUUUGCCUGUGUUGGCUGCAGUUGGCCUGCAUUAGGUUGGAGGUGUCCCCCCUCCAUGCUGUGGAACCUGGCCUUGACAAUAAAUGUGUGGUGCACGGUCUCAUUGAAGGGCGGCGAUGGCUAUAUUCUGGGUCAGGUUGAUAUGGACUUUAGUUUAGAGAUACAGCGCGGGAACAAGCCUUUUGGCCCACCAGGUCCACACCGACCAGUGAUCCCCGCACACUAACACCAUCCCAUAUACACUAGGGACCAUUUUACAUUAAUACUAAGCCAAUUAAUCUACAUUGGAGUGUGGGAGGAAACCGAAGAUCUCGGAGAAAACCCAUGCAGGUCACGGAGAGAACGUACAAACUUCGUACAGGCAGCACCUAUAGUCAGGGUCAAACUCGGGUCUCUGACGCUGUAAGGCAGCAACUCUGCCACUGCGCCUCCAUACUGCCCAAGCUGACCGUCUUGCUCUGUUCUUAGGCUGACCUGCAGGUGCGAGUGCACAGAAUGGAGAAGGAGCUGGAUCAGUUGACCGCUGCCUUCCGGGCUGGGCUGGACUGGGGCAGUGAGUCGUCUGAAACCAUAAGCCUCCCUCUCUCGCUGACACCAGCCCAAAUCAUCAAGCUGCUGGGCAAGGUAACCCUUCAGAACCAGGAUGAGCUUCAGAACAUGCUGCCCUUCGAGUCGCUGGAAAGGGUGGAGCCUGACAUUGCCGCCAUCCAGCAGAUGCAUGAGGAGCUGACGGAGCCGGCGCUGUCACCAGAUGAUUGCAAGAUGAUGUUGCAGAAGGUGAAGGAAAUGGAAUCUGCUGUGGAAAGGUUGACAGAUGAACAGAAGCAGCUACUGACUGCACUGGCGCUGCUGGAGGAGCAGCUCAGCCAGACACGGCUGGAGCUACAGGCUGUACGUGCGGGCCAGAAGGACAUGGACUCCACUAUGCAAGCUCUGGAAAGCAGAGUUAAAAGUAUGAUUGAUAAGGAGACGACGUUGCUCCCACUGGUCCACAAGCUGCUCUUCGGUUCAUCAGAAGACCGCAAAGGGGAACCACUGACAGCACAGCUGGUGAAGCGCAAGGAACUUGAGGCCCUCCUUGCAGGCUUGGAGAGGAAGAUCCUCGCAGAAGCUUCAUUUCAUCGUGGUCCGGCUAUGGAGGCACACACGGCAGCUGUCAGAGCAGGGAUUAUGAAGGAAGUGAAAAGCAUUGUGGAGCAAGCCUUGAAACUGUACAGCGCUGACAGGGUUGGAUUGGUGGAUUAUGCACUGGAAUCUGCUGGUGGCAGUGUGAUCCACACACGCUGCUCAGAGACGUUAGAGACCAAGACUGCUCUUCUUAGUCUGUUUGGCUUUCCACUGUGGUACCAAUCUCGGUCACCCAGAGCUGUCAUUCAGCCGGAGGUUCAUCCUGGGAACUGUUGGCCAUUUAAAGGCUCCCAAGGCUUUGUUGUCAUCGAGCUUGCUGAAUGGAUCUGGCCUACAGCCUUUACCCUAGAGCACAUUCCCAGAUCAAUUUCUCUGGGUGGAUCAAUUAGAAGUGCCCCUCAAGACUUCUCUGUUUAUGGCUUGGAUGAUGAAAAUCAAGCCGAAGGGGUCCUUUUGGGAAAAUACACCUAUAACGAGGAAGGGGAUUCCAUCCAGACGUUUGAAGUGCAGAAUAAAGAUGCUCCCGCAUACAAAGUCAUCGAACUGCGGGUGCAUAAGAACUGGGGCCAUCCAGAAUACACAUGCCUCUACCGGUUCCGUGUCCACGGAGAUCCAGCGAUGUAAUUCUGGAAGUCGGCUACCCCGUGCUCAGACUGGCGUUCAAACUAUGAUUCUGGAUUUUCACUGUAUUCACUGUUUUGUCACUUUAUUGCACAAUCCUCAACACUGCUAAACAACAAAAGCCUACUCAACACAGCUAACUACUACAACCCGACCAAACUCUACCCCGUGCUCUACAACCCUACCCUACAUAUCUUGCCAAUUUUUACUUUCUCUGCAUCUGAAGCUUCACAUCCAACCACAUUUCAAUCUAGAUCAAUGCGGGCAUUGUAUCUGUCAGGAAUAAACUGCUGUGCUGAUCAUGAAUUGUCCCCACCUCAGAUCUCCAGCAAGAAUAUCAUGCCAGUACACCACACAAAGACAGUAUAUAUUUUUUUGAUUUAACACCCAUCACUUUGCUUUUAUUCAAAUUUAUCACUUAUUUUCAACUAGACCAGGUCGAACCUGUUGGGCCCAUCCCCCAAAGUAAUAUUCACCAUUGACCCAUAGCCCCCAACUGCUCAGGUGCGGCUGAGGGGUUCCUGUUGUGAUGCCAGAGAUCUCCAUUAUGACGCGAGUUACGGCAACCCUCCCCAAUCCUCUUUUGACCCCUAUCCUCCUCC